AUGUUCUCUUGUGCCAAUUAUCCUCGCGGUUGCCGCGGUCGCGUCAACUACCAGGGAGGCAAAUGCUCUGACUGUGUGCAAUUGAAGCUGCGUCGGCCUCUUUCAGCAUCUCCCUUUGCCCAGCCCCGAGACUACCGGAGAGCCCUUCCAUCGGAGAUCCUCAACGACUCGCCAUUCAAGGAGAUCGAGCGCUCCCUAUGA